AACAAAAGCCAUUAUAUUAAUCAUGGCGCUCUUCGCAGCAUCACUGGCUCCAUUGAACUUGUCUUUUGAUCGACGCCCCUUUUUCCUCCGGCGAUGCGCCACCACCGUCAUCCGAUGCGCCGCCGAGAAGACGCCGGCGUCGAGGCGAUCGGCCAUUUACCAGCCCAACUUAUGGGGCGAUGACCGCAUACGAUCACUCACCGUGGAGGAGGAGGACCGCACUGCGACUGCGAGGAUAAAAUUACUGAAGGAGAAAGUCAGAAAAGUUAUACACGACGACAAGGAAGUGGAAGAGCAGCUUCAACUUAUCGACCAGCUGCAACAGCUCGGAGUGGCUUAUCAUUUCAAAGACGACAUUAAAGACUCUUUGAGCAGUCUUCAUGCUUCUUUAGAAGACAUAAGCUUGAAAUUUAAGGAUAACCUUCAUGCCUCAGCAGUGCUCUUCAGGCUGCUCAGGGAAAAUGGCUUCUCUGUUUCGGAAGAUAUUUUCUACAAGUUUAGAGAUGAGAAAGGGCAGUUGAGGGAUUGCCUUGGGAAGAACACCCAAGGAAUGCUCAGUCUGUACGAGGCUUCUUAUUAUGAAAAGGACGAAGAGAUGGCGUUGCAUGAAGCCAUGGAGUUCGCAACUGAACACCUCAAGAAUGUUUUAGAAGAAGGCAUGGAAAGCUCUGAUCUGACUAGGGAGAAGGUGGCUCACGCCCUGGAACUGCCGCUGAAUUGGAGGAUGGAGAGGUUGCACACGAGAUGGUUCAUCGAAUCAUGCCAGAGAGAAGCGGCCGCGAACGUGAAUCGUGCUCUGCUUGAAUUUGCUAAGCUCGAUUUCAAUGCGACUCAGAGCGUCCACAAGAAGGAACUCAGACAAGUCUCGAGAUGGUGGACAGAACUUGGAAUCGCUCGGGAAUUGCCGUUCUCAAGGGACAGAUUGACAGAGAACUACUUGUGGACUGUGGGCUGGGCAUCUGAGCCAGAGCACUGGAGAUUCAGAGAGGAGCAAACAAAAGCAAACUGCUUCGUGACAAUGAUCGAUGAUGUUUAUGAUGUCUAUGGAACCUUGGACGAACUCGAACUCUUCACCGAUACCAUCGAUAGAUGGGACAUUAAUGCGAUCGACGGACUUCCAGACUACAUGAAGCUCUUAUUUCUUGCAGUCUUCAACACGACGAAUGAAGCAACUUUGAAGGUCAUGAAAGAGAAGGGAUUGAACACGAUGCCUUAUCUCAAGAGAGCUUGGGCAGACUUGUGCAAAGCGUAUCUAGUGGAAGCAAAGUGGUACCACAAAGGCCACACGCCCAAGUUCGAUGAAUAUUUAGAGAACGGGAGGAUGUCGAUAUCGAGCAAUGUGAUGGUGACAUACGGUUACUGCAUGGCCCAAGAGUUAACCAAACACGACUUGGAACGUUUCUCAGAUUACCCUGCCAUUAUGCUGCCCAAGUCUAGACUUGCCCGGCUCUACGACGAUUUAGCCACUUCAAAGGAUGAACUUAAAAGAGGUGAUGUGCAAAAAUGCAUUCAGUGUUGCAUGCUCGAGAGAGGUGUCUCGGAAGAUGUGGCUCGUGGACAGAUGAAGGAAGCGAUCAAGGCGAAUUGGAGGAGCGUCAAUGGAGAUCGUGGCUCGGUGUCUUCUUCAUUCGAGGAAUACAUGAAACGUUUGGUGGUCAAUAUGAUUCGCACAUUCCAGUUCUUCUACCAAGACGAGGAUAGAUACGGCAAAGCUGAUGGAGAAACCGAGAACCAAGUCUUUUCAUUGUUGAUCAACCCUAUCCUAUUGUAAUAUAGCAGUCGACUAUAUAUAUAUAUAUUUAUAUAUUUUAUCUUCUUAUGGU